AGAAAAGAACGCGGGGCGCCGCUGUCGUAGCGGCCUCGUCACGCCGCUCCCUCGGGUGGGGUGGCGCGUCACAUGGCCAGGAGCGGAGGGGCGCGGCUUGCCGCCGUCACGUGUCGCGCGGCCCCGCCCCCUCGCUAGCCCUGGCGGCGGCGCUGAGGCGAAGCAACCAGGAGGAGGAGCGGCCGGGCGCAGCCUCAGCGGCGGCGGCGUCGCCUAUGGGGAAGGCAGCCGCGCCGCUGUGCAGCGCCGGCACCCGCGGGCUGGUCUCCUUGCUCAGCGCCGUCCCUUGCCUGGCCUGCAAGCAGCAGCCUCGCCGCCCUCCUCCUCCCCCCGCCCUCCUCGUUGCCAUGAGCCUGGCAGGGGCCACCACCCUCGAGGGGCCCUUGCCCUCCGCCCCCGCGACCACCCCGACCUCGGCCGGCCCCGGUCCCGACACGUACAAAGGCUGGCUCUUCAAAUGGACCAACUACCUGAAGGGCUACCAGCGCCGCUGGUUCGUGCUUAGCAACGGGCUGCUCAGCUACUACAGGACUCAAGCUGAAAUGGCUCACACCUGCCGGGGAACCAUCAACUUGUCAACGGCUCAUAUCGACACGGAGGACUCCUGUAACAUUGUGCUUUCCAAUGGGGGAAGGACAUAUCACCUGAAGGCUCACUCAGAAGUGGAGCGGCAGCGGUGGGUCACUGCUUUGGAGCUGGCCAAGUCCAAAGCCAUCCGCAUGAGGAACGACCAGUCAGAUGACUCUGGUGAUGAGGAGCCAGCCUCGCAGUCUGACAAGAGCGAACUGCACGGCACUCUGAAAAGCCUCUCGAGUAAGCUGGAGGAUCUCAGCACUUGCAACGACCUCAUCGCCAAGCAUGGGGCUGCUCUCCAGAGGUCCCUGAGUGAGCUGGAGAACCUCAAGCUGCCCGCCGAGAGCGGGGAGAAGAUCAAGGCGGUCAACGAGAGAGCCACCCUCUUCAGGAUCACCUCCAAUGCUAUGAUAAAUGCCUGCCGCGACUUCCUGGAUUUAGCCGAGACCCACAGCCGCAAAUGGCAGCGGGCGCUCCAGUAUGAGCGGGAGCAGCGGACCCGCCUGGAGGAAACCAUUGAGCAGCUAGCCAAGCAGCACAACAACUUGGAGAGAGCCUGCCGAGGGGCCCCCUCCCUCUCUACGAACACCAGCAUCCGCGCAUCCAAAGGAGGGAGCGUACAGAGCGUGAAAGCGGAAGCCAGUGAUGAAGAUGAGGAGACGGAGUACUUCGAUGCCAUGGAGGACGCACAAGCUUUCAUCACAGUAGCUGCGGAUCCAUCGAAGCACCACCGGCGUGCCGGCAGCAACAUUAGCGGGGCCAGCGAAGGCCGAGGGGAGGGCUGGAACCUGGACGACAACGUGUUCGACAGCUCUCACCAAGCCAGCUACGACGGUUCAAGCAAAGAUGGCAUUCACAAGAAGAAGAGGCGGACCCGGGUCCCAGACAAGCCCAACUACAGCCUUAACCUCUGGAGCAUAAUGAAGAACUGCAUUGGCAAAGAACUGUCCAAGAUUCCCAUGCCUGUGAACUUCAAUGAGCCGCUAUCCAUGCUGCAGAGACUGACAGAGGACCUCGAGUACCAUGAACUGCUUGACAAAGCCGUCAAGUGUGAGAGCUCCAUUGAACAGAUGUGCUUUGUGGCUGCUUUCUCCGUGUCUUCCUACUCAACGACAGUCCACCGGACGGCGAAGCCAUUCAAUCCGCUCCUGGGCGAGACCUACGAGCUGGACCGGCUAGAUGAGCUGGGUUUUCGCUCUCUCUGCGAGCAGGUGAGUCAUCACCCUCCGGCCGCAGCCCAUCAUGUGUAUUCCAAGCGAGGCUGGACACUGUGGCAGGAAAUCACCAUUGCCAGCAAGUUCCGAGGCAAAUACCUCUCCAUCAUGCCGCUGGGUUACAUCCACUUGCAAUUCCACUCCAGCGGCAACCACUACGUCUGGCAGAAGGUGACCUCCACCGUUCACAACAUCAUCGUGGGCAAGCUCUGGAUCGACCAGUCUGGUGACAUAGAAAUCAUCAACUACAAAUCAAAAGAUAAAUGCCAACUGAAAUUCACUCCCUACAGCUAUUUCUCCAGAGAUGUCCCCCGAAAGGUGACAGGCCUAGUCAUGGAUGCGGAGGGCACAAGUCACUAUGUCAUGUCCGGCACAUGGGACGAGAAGAUGGAGUGCUCCAAAAUCGUGCAGAGCACCGAAGGAAACGGCAGCGCAGAGGGCAAGGUGCCCAAAACCGUCUACCAGACGCUGUCCCCCAAGGUCCUGUGGCAGAAAUACCCUCUUCCGGAGAACGCUGAAAACAUGUACUUCUUCUCCAACCUGGCUUUGACGCUGAACGAGCCCGAGGACAGGAUAGCCCCCACGGACAGCCGCCAGAGGCCUGACCAGCGGCUCAUGGAGAACGGCAAGUGGGACGAAGCCAACGCGGAGAAGCAGCGGCUGGAAGAGAAGCAGCGGGCCGUGCGGCGCAAGCGGGAGGCAGAGGCGGCGGAGGCCCUGGAGGAAGGCAAGGACUACAGAGGCUACAGCCCGCUGUGGUUUGAGCGGAAGGUCGACCCGAUCACCGGGGAGCUGAUGUGCGUUUACAAAGGUGGAUAUUGGGAAGCGAAGGAGCAUCAGCAGUGGAGUGCAUGUCCCAAUAUAUUCUGAGCAGCUUCUGAGCUGGACUGGCGUCUCCCGGGGCGGAAGGGGAGCCUCCCCCCAACAUCCUGCCCACGGGAAAGAGGAGCUGUUAGCAGAAGCGCUCCAGGCAGCAUCCUGCUGGUCAACACACACUUCAAAGAAACACACAAGAGUUUAAAUAAAUGCAGAUUUUUUAAAAAAAGA